GAGUGACGGGAGAGGAGGGGGCAUCUGACCGUCUGUCAUCUUGGCGCCGUCACAAGGUGCUGAUAUGUGUUCACGAUGAGCGGACUGGGGGAGAACUCCAUGGAGCCUCUCAGCUCAGAGAACCGGAAACGCAAGCUCUCCACUUGCGACACGCCCGGCCUGGGGUGUGAGAGGAAGCGUCGGGAGCAGGAGAGUAAAUACAUUGAGGAGCUGGCGGAGCUGAUCUCAGCCAACCUCAGCGACAUCGACAGCUUCAACGUCAAACCAGACAAAUGUGCCAUCCUCAAAGAGACCGUGCGCCAGAUCCGUCAGAUCAAGGAGCAGGGAAAAGCUUCAUCCAACGAUGACGACGUCCAGAAGUCAGACGUGUCCUCGACCGGUCAGGGCGUCAUCGACAAGGACCACCUGGGGCCUCUUCUGCUGCAGGCUCUGGACGGCUUCCUGUUCGUGGUGAACCGGGAGGGCAGCAUCGUGUUCGUGUCGGACAAUGUGACGCAGUACCUGCAGUACAAACAAGAGGAGCUCAUCAACACCAGCGUGUACAACAUCCUGCACGAGGACGACAGAGAGGAGUUUCACAAGAACCUGCCCAAGUCCAUCAUCAAUGGCGUGUCGUGGGGAAACGAGGCAGCCCGGCAGAAGAGUCACACCUUCACUUGCCGGAUGCUGGUCAAAUUUGGCCACGCCCACGGCCCCAUGGAGGAGGGGCCAGGAGGACCGCGGUAUGAGACGAUGCAGUGUUUUGCUCUCACUCAGCCUAAGGCCAUGAUGGAAGAGGGGGAAGACCUUCAGUCAUGUAUGAUCUGUGUGGCCCGUCGAGUCACAGCCAUGGAGAGAACGGAGAGCUUCAACACCCGACACGAGCUCUCAGGUAAACUGAUUCAAAUCGACCAGACAUCUCUGCGAGCGUCGAUGCGUUCGGGCUGGGAGGACUUGUUGAGGCGUUGCAUCCAGAUGUUCCUGCAGCACAGCGACGGGCAGCCCUUUUCGCACAAACGCCACUACCAUGAGGCCUUUCUCCAGGGUCACGCCGAGACGCCCCUGUACCGCUUCUCCCUGUCCGACGGCACUCCGGUCACAGCCCAGACCAAGAGCAAACUGUACCGACACCCCAUGAGCAACGAGCCGCAAGGUUUCAUCUCAACUCACCUGCUACAGAGGGAACCCAACGGUUACAGCUCAGCUCCAGGUGGAGGCAUGAUGUCCAACACUAUGCGUCCACAAGGGAUGGGUGGGACCAACCUGAAUUCCCAAAUGAAUGUGAACACCGGUGGGGGGAUGCCGAUGGGAGGCAUGGGCGGCAUGAACAGGGGAUAUGGCAUGAAUGAGCAGGGUCACAUGGGCCACAUGGGUCCCAUGGGAGGUGGCUCCAUGUACGGAGGGAACAGCGGAGGAGGAGGCAGCGGUGGAGGCAUGGGAAGUCGCAUGAUGCAGAUGAAUCAGAUGGGCCAAAUCAAUCAGGUGGGACACAUGAAUCAGGUGGGACACAUGAAUCAGAUGAACCAGAUGGGGCCCAUGAAUCAUCAGGCCCAAGGCAUGCAGCAGCAUCCACAGCAGCCCCCGUUUCAGAGCAGCGGCGGAUUUGGCCUCACUGGCAUGAACAGCCCAUCAGGAAGCCCCAGAAUGGGCGGCCCCCAGCAGGGACUCCUCAUGUCCCCCCGGAACCGAGGGAGCCCAAAGCUGGGCGCCAACCAGUUCUCUCCAGGAGGGAUCCAUUCUCCUAUGAGUGGCAUUGGCAGUGGGGGAGGGGGGAGCACCUGCUCCUUCUCCAGCAGCUCUCUUAAUGCGCUACAAGCCAUCAGCGAAGGAGUAGGGAGCUCACUCCCAUCCACCCUAACGUCCCCCUCACCAGUCCACAAACCGGACAGCUCUCCCAGCAUCCAUUCGUCCUCUUCCUCCAACCAGCAGACCAAACCAGGCCAGGACGGCUCCAAAAGUCCAGCAGGAGGCAUAGGGCCUGGAUCCAGUGACCAUCACCUCCCGGUGCACCAUCACCACCACCAUCAGCACCCUCCGGCUGAGAGCACUGGAGACGGACCAGACAGUCAGGCAGCUACUGCGACUAAAGACACCGGAGAAGGAAGCAUUGAGGCAGGAGUGGUGAGCUCUGACCCCCCGCGCAGGGUCCCAGACAGUAAGGGACAUAAGAAGUUGUUGCAGUUGUUGACUUCUCCGACUGAAGAGCUGGGGAUGAGUGGAAGUGGUCCAACAGGCCCCCCUGUCCCACCACCCCCAAACAGCAGCAGCACUCCUGCAGGAUUGGACAAUAAGGACACUUCAGGGGGCAUGACCAGCCCCUCAUCCACAGGGGUGUCUUCCUCGUCUUCAGCCAGUCUUCAGUCUUCUGGACAGGCAGCUGGCCAAGGUGGCACGUCCACAUCAGCUCACUACACCGGCUCACUGCAAGAGAAGCACAAGAUCCUCCACAAACUUCUUCAGAACGGCAACACUCCAGAUGAAGUGGCUAAGAUCACGGCUGAAGCAACGGGAAAGGUGUCGCUCGGCGGCCAGGAGGGCGGUGAGGGUGGAACGGGAGGCUCAGGUGCUGGGUCGGGCCCUGGGUUAAUCCCAGACCCUAAACAGGAGCAGCACAGCCCCAAGAAGGAAAAGACCCAUGCCCUCCUCCAUUACCUCCUCAACAAGGAUGAUUCCAAAGAGCCAGUGGAUGUCAAGCCCAAACUUGAAGAUUUGGAGGGGAAUGGGCGUCCAGGAGCCGUUGGGGGAUCUGCACCUGAACAUCCUGAGAGCAAGAUCAAAUCAGAACCACCGGAUGAUCUACACAAUCUGGAGUCUAUCCUCGGAGAUCUCAGGGGUUCAAGCUCUGAUUUCUACUCUGAUCAAGCUGGAGUUGCAGGACCCAACGACACAGGAAACAAACCACUCGGUUGCCUUGAUGACGGCCUGCAGGGGAGUCCCGUGAUGGGUCCAGGAGGUCGAGCACCCUUCCAGAGGGCCAUGUCCAUGGACGGGAAGCCUCCUGGUGGACCUGGAGGAGCGGGAAGACGCCCCACGCUCGUCAAACAGGAGAACAUGAUGGGUGGCUCAGACGGCUGCCCAGGAAACAUGGGUCAACUGAGUAGAGGCAUGGUUCCCCAGAGGUCUCCCAUGGGGGGUUCAGUAGACUGGGGCAAGCCCCGCUCUAGUGCCAGCCCCAUGGGUUCAGCGGGACACUCGUCCAUGAUGCGCUCUGGCAUGGAGUACAACAGUGGGAAGAUGAUGUCAGGAGCCAUGGUCAGCCGCUCCAACAGUGUGCCCGGCACCAGGUCCAUGCUGCAGCAGCAGCUCAUGGAUAUGGGAGGUUCUGCUGAUGCUGGGAUGGGUCUGAGCCCCUUCAGCCAGCAGGGUCAGCCCGGCCAGUCCCCCUCCUGGCUCGACAACAUGAUGAGCAUCGAGGGCAACAGACGGCAGUUUGGCAAUCCCUUGGAUGAUCUUCUGGUGGCCCCCACCAGCAGUGAAGGUCAGAGUGAUGAGCGGGCCCUCCUGGACCAGCUGGAUUCUCUGCUGAAUAAUGCAGAUGGCAUCGCUUUGGAGGAGAUUGACCGAGCUCUUGGUAUCCCAGACCUCGUCAGCCAGACCCAGGGAGCGGAGCAGCAUCUGGAGCAAUUUCCAGGACAGGAACCGUCCAUGCUGCUCGACCAAAAGCCUCUGUAUGGUCAGGGUUAUCCCGGACCCCCUUCCAUGCCUAUGCAGUCAGGGUACAUGCAGGGUCAGGGCCAACAGGGGGGCUUUGGACCCAUGCUGUCACCAAUGAGCCAAGGUGGUAACUUUCCUGGUAUGGGUGGAAUGGGGGGGAUGGGACACCCUCGGGCCAACAUGAUGAGACCCCGGAUGAUGAGUGCUAACAAGCCCAUGAGGCUGCAGCUGCAACAGAGGCUGCAGGGACAGCAGUUUAUGAAUCAGACACGACAGGGGAUGCCCAUGAAGAUGGAAAACCCCGGUGGAAACCUUAACAUGAGGCCCAACAUGCAGCCCGGCAUGGGACCGCCGGGUUUCCUAAAUGCUCAGAUGAUGGCCCAGCGCAGAGAUGUGGUCACCAUGCAGAUGAGGAGGCAGCGUAUGAUGAUGCUGAUGCAGCAGCAGCAGCAGCAGCAGCAGCAGGCGGCUGCGGCAGGAGGGUUCAGUCCCCCUCCAAACGUCACGGCUCCCGCUGGCAUGGACAGCCACAUGGGAAACAUGGGCCAGCCGGGCCCCCAGCAGUUUGGCUAUGGUGGCAACUAUGGGAUGGGCCAGCCAGGAGACUCCUCCUUUGGUCCAUCAGGUGGCAGUCCUCCUAAUGCCAUGAUGCCAAACCGCAUGGGGCCUCAAAACCCCAUGAUGCAACAGCACCCUCAAGGCGGUCCCAUGUACCAGGGUGCUGAGAUGAAAGGCUGGUCCCAGGGAGGCGUGGGCCGCAACAGUUCGUACCCUCAGCAGCAGUUUGGUCCGCAGGCGCCUCUGGGUCAGCAGCAGUUUGGGCAGCAGGGGAAUCCAGGACAGUAUGGAGGCAUGAUGAUGAAUGGGGGCAUGUCGGCCGGUGGAGGAGGACCUCACAUGGGUCAGAUGGGAAUGAACCCAAUGGUUAUGGGACGCAUGUCUAUGGGGCCCGAUCAGAAAUACUGCUGAGCGACGUUCGUCUCACUGUGAUCUCCACCCAGAGAUGGGAGGCGGCUGCAGAGCUGGAGCGGGUGGAGUGAAGCAGGCGUGUUGUGUUUGUGUGCAGAGCUACAUUCCCACCAGACGAGGGAGCGGCGCUCCCUCUGGACUCCCUCGGCCUGUAACGUCUGGCAGCUUGAAGAAAACUAAAACAGAAAAUCCAACAAACUGUCGUUAUUUUACACACACAGAUGAUACCUCUCAUGGACGCUACUUUAAUAUUUCUCUCUUCUGGAGCAGCGUGUGUGUCUGUGCACACGCACACCUUUUGUUGGAGCAAACGGUAAAGUUGGAUCACCUGGUGUUUAAACGUCCUCUUCUUCGUCGAAUG